GUGCUGCACUGCUUGGUGCCGCUGCAGUGUUUUGUUCUCGUCCUGUCACAUCCUUCUGCCCUGGUGAAGUUUGUGUUCCCUUAGCAUUCAGUCUAGGGAGUAGUUUGCAUUGCUGCACUGUAGCUUGGGCAAGUGGAUUCUUCCUCUGCUCCUUCCUUUCUGAGCAGGUGGUGUAUGUGCCAAGCUCUGAAGGCACGGACUUGACCAUCGCAUCUGCAGUACUGCCACUGCCCUUCUGAAAGCAUCUAAAACACUGCAGACUGUUUGUCCAGAUGACGAGGUGAUUCCUUAUCUUUAUUAGCUCCCUUUGUCAGCUGUGUAGUGGAAGGGGGCAGGGGAAGGAAAUAAGACCUCAGUGUCAUACUGCAGCUGGUGCUGCAACCUUUGCCUUGCGUCAGCUGGGAGACCCUGGAGCCUCACAUCCCCCCCACUUCAGCUUUCUGCUCCUGGGCACGUCUGCUCUUCGUGUCGAGAAUGGCUGCCACGCUUGUGUUCCUGUGCUGCUCCUGCUAGGAAUGAAUCUUCCUUUUCUUGAGAAAAGCUUGCAUGAUGCACCCCAAGUAGUCCUGUGCUUUCCCACUCAGAAGGCAUACUUGUCCGGCACAGAUCUGAGUUCUCUCCUGAGUGUUUCCGAUCCACGGUGUCCUUUGUGGCAAGACUUGCUUGCUCCAGGGUGUGCAGAAAGGCAGGGCCAUUGCUGAGGUGCUGCUGGAACCUGCAGCCUCACACUGCUCACAGUGCAGCUGUUCCCCACGGAGCUGAGCUUUGGCAUAGUGGGAAUGGUCUCUGAAGAUGAUGGUGCAGAGCUGCGGAUGCUUUGAGAGUCGGGGCUGCAACCUUUGCUGUGACAGUGGGAGAGCGUUGAGAUGAGAGGUUGCUCCACCUCUGGGUUUUUCCUCUCGUAAGAACUGUUUCUCUGAGGCCGGAGGUGGUUUUAUCUGCUCUGGUUCCUUGAAGCACAGCCCUCACGUUGCUGCUGCUGUCAGCUUUCCUGAUCUCACAGAGAGAGGUCUGAGAUAUUCGGGCGUCGUGGGGGCGCUGGGAUCCCUCCUGCUUUCUGUAGGGAUGAUGCAUUCAAACUCGUGGAGACUUUAACAUCAGGCAGGUGAAACCAAUGGCGUGGUUCGUCAGCACUGCUGCUGGGUUCGCGUGCGGUGUGUGCUGCAGCUCACAGGAGCCGGGCCGGGGGGGUUAUGCACAUAGAGCUCAGGCUUGUGAGGUAUAGCAGGUAAAGCAUUGGGAGGCUGCAUCACCCCCAUGGGGCUGGAACCCCCCCGCACAGAAGGCUGCAGUGACAGAGGCUGCAGCUCUCUGAUUAACACCCGUCUGUCCCGAGCAGAGAAAGAUCUCCCUCACCCACCGCCCCUCCGAAAAGAGGAAAGGCUGCAAUCCAUCUCCUCUCUCUCGCUGUGUUGGGCACAGGCAGUGGGUCCGUGGGCCCUCUGUGAACCCGGGGAAGUCAGAGCACAGUGCGGGUGGGAGUUCAGCCCCGAAGCGCUCGUGCUGUGCUGGGGGUGGGCUGUGCUGAGCUGCAGCACGGGGACAAAGCUGUGUGGGUUGGAGAGCAGCAGAGCCUGCAGGGUUGGGGAAUGCACGCUGUCCCGUGUCUGGGUUUCUGUUGUGUGUUUCAUUUCUUUUCUUGUGUGAGUGAGUGGGUGGUUCUGCAGCCUGUCUAUUCUCUCUGGGGGGAGUGCAUGUGUAGAACAGGAUGGUGUGUUGCCUCAUUGAGUCCGGGAGAAGUCCUACGAUAGCACAUUGGGGGUAAAAAAAAAACCGAAUAAAUAAAUAAAUAAAAAGGAAGCUUUUUCCUUAAUGUAUAAAUGAAUAUUUGUAUGAUUAAAUUAACACAGAAAAAAAAAAUGUUCUGUGGCCGUUGAGAGUUUUAUUGAAGCUGAAAAAAACCUUCUGAAUGUGUCAUCCUGCAGUUAAAGGCGCCCUUCUUUCUCCUGUCCCAGGGAUUCCCAGGCGUUGAGGCAUAUGUGCUCAAUUCUCUCUCUGCCUUUCCUCCAACUGCCUUUAGAAAGAAGGAAUUCAGUGCGUGCUGAGUUAAUCAGACUUCCCAGCCUGGGUCAGGGUGUGAUGAGUGCCCGAGGCCCAUUUCAGGUGAAAGGUGAUGGAUGGGGGAGGAGAGCUGCGAAGGACGGGGGGCUGUGCUGGGAGCUGCGUUCCAGGAGGGCUCCCAUUGGGCUGCAUGGGGCACUCAGUGCAGGUACCGGGGUGGGGGAUGCUGGGGGAGAAGCACUAAGGGGGGGUGUCCGGCGUCCCCGUGGGUCAGGAUGAGGGCAGGUGGAGGUCCUUGGAGGCACGUGCACCGUCACUUGGGCUGGUGGCAUUUCCCAGGCCAGGCCUUGCUGCUCAGGGCACCCAGCCGAAACAUUUGCCUAUAUAAACUAUAUUCUGGAGCAGCUUAGAUAAAGCUGAUCUCUUGCUUACAUGUGACUUUGUUACUAAUCCUCGCAAGAAACCUCAAUAUGUGCGCGCUGGGUUUGCUUUUUAACAUUUGAAUAAGUGCCUGAAGCUUUCGUGUGCUCUUUAAGCUUGACUGAAAGCCCCACGGGGAGCAGACAUCCUGCUGCCUGCGCCUAUGGGUAUUUAUUUUGCACCACGAGCAGAACGCACCCCUCGAGCUCUGGGUGCUCACGGGCAGCUUUAAAACAAGGCAGUGUUUGGAUAGGUUGGGAUGCCUCCCCUUCUCUCCCUCCCUCCCAAACUUUUCAUUGACUGCUUAUUUGCUUGAAAGAAUCUGUUUGUCUUUAGGGUUGCAACCUGUCAGAAGUUCACCAGAGCAGGACAGUGUGAUCGCACCUCCCUCCUAAUGCUGCUUCCCAAGCAGGCAAGUACCUUUUCAACCAGGGGGUGGUGACGCACUGAACAGGUUGCCCAAGGAGGCUGUGGAUGCCCCAUCCCUGCAGGCAUUCAAGGCCAGGCUGGAUGUGGCUCUGGGCUGCUGGUUGGCGACCCUGCACAUAGCAAUGGGGUUGGAACUGAUGGGCACUGUGGUCCUUUCCAACCCAGGCCAUGCUGUGAUUCUAUACCUGCUGCCAUUGCUGUAGUGGAGGUCAUCUCACUGCCGUGACUGCUGCACGAGGAAAUCCUGCAUCAUCCCUGGGCCUCUGUGCACACAUAGGUCUGGUGGUUCCUUCUCACACUUUCCAUGUGUGCAAUCAGCUUUAGGUGUAGGUUUUCUUUGGAAGCUCUCCGUGAGCUGUAAUUUGUGUGCUCAGCCGCUGCGUUAAUUGGAAAUGGGCAGUUAAACAGAAAUGAUUUAAGGGAACAUAAUCUCAAACGUAUCCCAUUCAUAAAACAGCUGAGUGAAAGUAUGCACCGGGCACCGAGUGCAGCAGCAGAUGGCACACGCAGGUAAGAGCAGCGUCGUUUGCUCCACCAAACAUUAUGGGAUCACCAAAUAUUAUGGGAUCAGGGCUGGCUUAAGAGCUUGGUGUGUUCCCUUGUGUUGUUUACAUCUUCAUCUGCAGUCGUGAAACCUCCACCAUACGUGGGCCUGGACUGGAGUAGGUGCCAGCAGAGGGAGCUGAGUGUGUUCCUCAUCUGCAGCCUUCCGUGGUGGGAUGUGGGUCUCCGAGCUGCUGAUGGUGCCGUGUCCCCAUAUGCUUCUGGAGCAGAUUCCAGCCCUGCUCCCGGGGUGGGGAGGUGGUCACACGUUUCUGGGUGUGCUCUGUGCUGCUCCCACCCUGCCAUGGGGGGGCAUGGUGUCACCCAGCCUGCUGCUGCCCGCGUGGAGGUGACCCGCUGGGUUGGAAGCUGAGCAGAGCCGGGAUGUCUUAUGGGCAGAGAUGUCCGUCAGUGGGGAUGCAGUGCCCAAACACACCCACGUGUGUGUGCUGCUGGAGCCCCAAAGGAGGGCAGGAGACCCAACCCUGGGGCCAUGGAGGUGUCCCCACCCUGGCAGAAGGAAGUGUGUCCCACGCUGUGCGCUGCUGGCUGGGACUUGGAGAGCUCCGUGCAGGGGAGCGAAGGAGAACCUCGCACUUCUUGUUAUCUAAUCUGCCCCGUUUUCCCUCCUCGUUGUUUACCGUGCUGGAGUUUCCUCAAUUAAUUCUGACAGCUGCAGGCUGGGCUGUGACGUCAACCCACGGUGGCAAAGCCCAGAAGCCUGGAGAGGCAUCGGAUGUGAUCCUGGGGGUGACCCCGUCUGACACGAUGGCACCGUUCUCCCUGACCUCCCCGUGGCGUACAGUGAGGAUGUGAUGUCCCUGAGCCUGGCUGCCCGGAGACACCUGGCGGCACCUCCAGUGUCCCCACAUCUCCUGCACGUAUCCAUCCACUUCCAUGGUGCGUGGUGGCUCAGGGCGGAGAGAGAAGGAUGGGCGUCUCCCAGCGGAGGCUUUGGGCGAUCCUACUUUGUCCAUCUCAAAGCAAGGAGGUGAUGGGGAGCGUGGUGCCCCACCAAACACGGGGCAGCACCAUGGGGUGGCUGCUGUAGGAAGAGACCUCUGUUCCACCUGCUCCAUUGGGGACAUCCACGGCGCUCUGCCAGGAGUCGGGGGGGGCUUUCAAAGACCUCCAGGAGGAAUCCCACCACUUUGGGACCCCCAUCCCAGGCUGAGUCAGCACAGGGGCCGCUGUGCUGCACAGUGCCUGCAGGCAGUGCGGGGUGUGGGGCAGCAGGUGACGGUGCCUGAGAAGCAGGUUUGUCCGAAUUUUAAGGGGAUCUGCAUACGUAGCGAUAAGGAAGCCAUUAUUUAACGAGCAAACAAAUGGAAACUGCUGGAGGUAUUUUUUCCUGUUGGUUAUAUACGUAUUUUUUUUUGCAGGCUGAGGGUGCGGUGCUGCUGCCAUCGGCGGGCAGGAGUGGGUCCCACAGUGCUGCGGUGUGGGGCUGGUGGCAGCUGUGCCAUUGGGGCUGGGAUGUGAAUGCUCCUUAGGGUCAGCUCUGGGAUCCACCAUAGGGUGUGCGGCGUCGGGCGCUCCACGUGCUGAGCUGGAGAUGAACCUCGGAGAUGGCAGAAUUUUGAGUCGUCCCACCAGGAAAGGGGGUCCUGGCCCUUCUGGAAAUGCCACUCUUGGUCUGAGCACUGGAAGCAUGGGCAGCCCCAGCCCCCCCGGCACCCCCUUCUGCCUGCACUACUUCGACAUGCUCUACUCGGAGGACGUCGCAUGGGCUGCCAAAGGGAUGGGGGAGACCUCCCAGAGCGGCACCCCGGGGGGGCGAGGGGAGGUGAAGAAGGAGCCGGAGCAGUGCCCCAUCAUCGACAGCCAAGGUUUGGGGCUGGGGGGCGAUGGGGAGCUGCAGGGGGGGCUGCCCUUGGAGGAGCACUCGCUGGAGCAGAUGCAGAGCAUGGUGGUGGGCGAAGUGCUGAAGGACAUCGAGACGGCGUGCAAGCUGCUCAACAUCGCCGCAGACCCAGCAGAUUGGAGCCCCGGCAACGUGCAGAAGUGGAUCCUAUGGACGGAGCAUCAGUACCGGCUGCCGCAGCUCGGGAAGUCCUUCCAGGAGCUGUCGGGGAAGGAGCUGUGCGCGAUGUCGGAGGAGCAGUUCUGCCAACGCUCGCCCCUCUGCGGGGAUGUCCUCCACGCACACCUCGACAUCUGGAAGUCGGCUGCGUGGAUGAAGGAAAAAGCUGCCCCAGGGGACGUGAGAUACUGCGGGGGUGACAGCGGAUGGGCGGACAGCGAGGUGGACUCGUCCUGCGCCGGGCAACCCAUCCACCUUUGGCAGUUCCUGAAGGAGCUGCUGCUGAAACCCCACAACUACGGGCGCUUCAUCCGUUGGCUCAACAAGGAGAAAGGGAUCUUCAAGAUCGAGGACUCGGCGCAGGUGGCGCGUCUAUGGGGCAUCCGCAAGAACCGCCCGGCCAUGAACUACGACAAACUGAGCCGCUCCAUCCGGCAGUACUACAAAAAGGGCAUCAUCCGGAAACCCGACAUCUCGCAGCGCCUCGUCUACCAGUUUGUGCACCCGCUCUGAGGGACUGAGCCUGGGGGGCAUCAGGGACCCUCACUGCCCUCCCCCACCUCGUCAUCGUCUUCCAGCGCUUUAGGACCGUGGUUGGGGUCAUCCCUGUGGACCAUAGGGACCUUUCUGUCCCCGGACCCCAUACUUGGAAGGGGGAUGAGCACAGAGAGCACCACUGUGUGCCCGGCUCCAGGGCCAGGACCAUACAUGGAGUGGAUUUAGGGGCUGGAAGCUGCGAAGGGGGAUAAGGAGAUGACAGACUAUGUGCUGGGGGCUGAGGGGGGGCUGCCUACUGUCUUGGGAUCGAUGGUGAGAGUGUCCUUGGGGUCACUGGGUCACCUCCCUUCUCUGCAGCCCUGGGCAUCAUCAGGACAUGUCCCCCUCAUAGGAGACCCCAGUAACUCCAUGGCAUCACCUGCCUCAGCACAGGGAGCACUGGGACUGCGCUCCAUCCAGCCACACUCUGCCCCUGUGCCACCACGGGGGUGGGCUUUGGGGUCGUUCCCCCUUCUCACCAGCAAACCCUUGAGCUGCAACAGAGCUGCUCUGGGUGCACCCUGAGAACGGCUCUUGUAUGCUGGGGGUGGGGCCAUCCAAACAUGGGGUGCAGUGGUGGGACUCAUCCCUCCCUCCUGGGCACGGGAUGGGGAUGGGGGGGAUGGACAAACCCGGGCGCACGGCGGGAGUGAGGACAAUGGCCCCGGCUAUGGGAUGGGCACUGUGGGGCCAGGCGUGUUGGCAGAAGGGAUGGUGAGGUGGGAGGGAGCUGGAGGUGCCCCCAACCACCCGCCCCCAUCUGCUAUGGGUUCACACCACACAGAGGCACGAGGCCCCGGGGUAAACGCAUCCCCCAUCCCUCUGCAAAUAUGGGGGGGUUCCACCUCAAAUCCCACCCCGUGGCUGAGGGUGUGCGCUUUGCACAGGGAGCGACUGCACGACGUGGGACCUCAGCUCAGCCCCACAGCAGCCCCCAUUGAGCCACACUCCCAGCCCUGGGCACGGGAUACCCCGGAGCCCCCCCUCCCCAUCCUCAGCAUUGUGCUCUCUGCUGGGUUUGGGAUUUCCCUUCGCCUGCUCUGUUCCUACGGGAAGGAGACGCAGCUCUGCCGUUCCCCUCUGGACACAGAACUGGGGAUGGUGGGGACUGCGCCUUUCACAAAGCUCUGAGCUGCCUGGCGAUGUCCACCUUGUACAUUACAAUCGUUAUUUGUUUGA